AGCACCAAUAAAAGGUUCGGACAAAUUUACGAGACCGAAAAAUAAUAACGUUGGUAAACCAUAUCCAAUUGCUUUUGAAGAAUUUUAUGAGAACAAAGGACUUGAUUUUAUUGCUUUUGGAGAUUGGGGAGAACGAAAACAUGACUCAGAACAAUUUCAAGUAGCUGAAGCUUUACAAACCUGGGCUAAUGAAAAUACAUUAUUUAUAGUUAAUGUUGGUGAUAAUUAUUAUCAAACAAACAACGAUCUUCCGUUCAAUGAUCCAAUUGAUCACGAAGGUGUAUUGAGCAUAGAUGAUCCAAAAUGGCAUACCUAUUGGUUAAAUGUAUAUAAUGGCAGAUUGAAGAAAAUAUAUUGGUAUAUGGUGGCAGGAAAUCAUGAUUGGUAUACCAAUGUAACCGCACAAGUAGAUUACUUUUGGGAAAAAAACAUACGAUUUUUUCUUCCCUCACUUUAUUACUCUCGAAAGGUUUAUUUUGGACCAGAGAACAAUAAGUUAGCGAUCUUUAUUCACAUAGACACUAAUCCAUUUUACUAUCCUUAUAAAUCGUAUGAAUCAAAAGAUGACAUGAAACGCAAUCUUUUAACCUUCAAUUUCAAUCAUGAAUCAGAAAUAGAUAAUCGAUUAAAAUGGAUAGAGGAUCAAUUGAUUGCCGCUCGGGAUGCAGAUUGGAUUUUCGUUGUUGGUCAUCAUCCCCUUGUUGGUGCAUGCCAAACAAAACACCCAUCUUCUUAUUUAAUGUAUAAAUUUCCACCACUCUUUAAAAAAUAUAAUGUAUCUGCUUAUAUUGGUGGUCAUAUGCAUGACCUUGAACUUUCCGAAGCCAAUAGUACAACAAGCGUUACAUAUUUCGGUGUGGGUGGCGGUGGUGCUAAGGGUACAGACACCUGUGGUGAUGCGACAUGGGCUGCACCUUUUACCUUUGGAUUUUUGCGUAUCAAUAUUCCACAUAAUGGAGAUAUUUUAUACUUUGAUUUUAUAGAGGCCAACAAAACAAAUGUGUCACCCCACAUCUCUUAUUCGGGUAGCUUUUGUUCUCGUAAAUACCAUUGCAAAUAA